AUGCUUUUGCUUGUAUCGCUGACUAGUUUCGUCCGGCAGAGCUGGAAUUUCGGCGUCGCGUCGUUGUGCUUUUGGCUCUUCCUCGAGAACCUUUCGGGCGGUAUUGAUGCGAUCAUCUGGGCGGACAAUGCGGACAUCGGGUUAUAUGUAUACUGUGACAUCGUCACACAUAUCCAAGAAAUCGCGUCCUUCGUGAAACCGAUGGCCACCUUGAUCAUCACACGCCGGUUGUACUUGAUCACUAAAGAGCGAUCAGUGGCAAUAUCUGAUGCUAAAACGCUAUACCGCGAUACUAUCAUAGAAUGGACACUUGUUCUAGUGAUACCCAUUCUACUUUCAGGGCCAGUCUAUUACGUCGUGCAAUUCUCUCGGUUCCAAGUUUUCGAAGGGUUCGGGUGUGCAGAUGCCGAGGACAACUCCGUUCUGGAUAUCUUACUCCUUUGGUCUUGGAGCGUGAUGCCUCCAUUGAUAUCAAUCACCAUCUAUUAUCCACGACUUGCCGGGUUCUUGUAUCGGACAGGCAAACCGAAUAGUCGCCUCCUGGACAGUCACCACUCUAUUUCACGAGCGAACCAUCUUCGCAUGUUUACGUUCGCCAGCCUAGAUCUUCUUCUCACCCUACCGUCCAGCAUCACGAAUCUGGUUCUAUUCAUAACGAGUAUAUCAUCUCGUGGUCCGCAGGUAUUUUAUCCGGGUUGGACCUUCGAUCAUACGGAAUGGGCGCCGGUAGGCUUUUCCUACCUAGAGCUCAUGGCUACAGGGCCCCUAGGCGUAGCACAGCUAUACUUUAACCAAUGGACUGCACCAAUCCUCGCUUUCGCCAUCUUCGGUCUCUUCGGCGUUACAUCGGAAGCUCGCGCAUCUUAUCAGCUCGCCAUCUAUGCAGUCGGAGACUGUUUCGGCUGGAAGACACCUUGGCGUGCUCAUGAAGGGCUUUCAAUACCGGGUGACAUUGAGUCCCAAGUGCCACCACUAGACACAUUAGUCGACCCCGAACUCAGAUCACGUGCUGUUGAUAGUACGCCCGACAACUCUCUUGAAUGGCCGGUGGACAUCUCCAAAGUCGGGAAGCCGGCGACGUGCAAUCUGCAGGAUGGACUGAGUGCAGAUCCAACGAAAGAGCCAGUUGAAGGCCCAGGACAUACGACUGGAGAUGCCUCGCAGAUGGGUUCAAGUGGAAGAUGUUGCCGAGGGUCCGAAACAUACGUCUAG